UUCACGCCGUGAAAUAGUGUUGUGUUAGGUGACACGCAUAGCUACCGAAGCCUACUGUCAUCUGGAGGUUGUACCCUGUAAGGUGUUCAACAACUUGGAGAUACCGAGGGUGGUAAUGGAUUUAUACACGUCGUCAGUAUUCCUUAUUAUAAUGCUAUCAGGAACAUCAUCCUUAACCAUCACUGAGACAGCUGAAGGGUGUCACUACACUCUGUCUUGUCAGAACACCACGGGCAAUGACACAGUGGUCUGGUUCAGGAACAAUCUGGAGAUCAUCCAGACAUCCACAGUCAGUAAUGGUUACAGCAGAUCAUUUCCUGACCUUCAAGAUGGAGCCAAACUUGAUGUGAGUGUGUCAAAUUACCGACACAGUUUAACAAUGGAGAUGUAUUUGCACAAUGGUGAGACAUCAUGGAGAUGUGAAACGGUGAAUGAAGUCAGUAAGAACCUUACUCUCAAGGCAACAAAUCUAACUAAAGACUCCGGUAUACCUUACAACCUGAUGUCAGUACCAGCGACAGCAGCAGAAGGAAGGACCUUCACUCUGUCAUGUACACACGCUUCUGGCUUUACUAUAGGAACAGCCUUGUGGUAUAGGAAUUGUGUUCAAAUAUUCCAAACAAACGGAAGAGAUCAAAAGAACCAGAUGCUUUCCAAAAUGAACGACCGGUUCGAGUUCCGCGCAGUUUCACAACGAAUUUCAGUGGCGUCAGACUUGACCCGCCAUAGCGUCUUUCUCACCCUCAAUGCUACGCUGGAUGAAGGGUCGGUGUGGACAUGCGGCAGUGGACAGAGGUUUAGCAACAGCAUCACAGUAAAAGUGAUGGAGUAUGUCACAGAGGAAAGUAGUUCGUCAGUUACAUCAACAGACGGUCAGGCAAAUAGCCAUCAGACAACAGAUGGUCAUGAAACAGAUCGUCAGACAACAAGUGCUGUUGAUAAGAAAGAUGAUCGACCGUCAGGUGAGGGGUACCUCCUUCUCUACGCAAUAGCUGGGUCUGCGGGGGGUCUCCUCCUCCUCAUGGGCCUCAUCACCGUCUGUAUCAUCAGCAGGAGGACGAGUGGUAUAGAUAGCAGCGGAGAAAAUAUGGACUUUGAACCCAGGUUUGACGUGUAUGCUGGUAUCCGUGACAACCACCAGGAGUCAAGUGACUCGAAACAGCAACCGAGAUGCCUCGUUUUGACAAAUGUUAUGCUUCAAGGAAACGAGAACCUACAAUACAGUGAUAAACAGGAUUAAAGAGAGACACUUGGUUGAGAAUGAGCUGAUUGUUGACAGCUGUCUACAUUUAGCCCCCGGGAUCCGCACGGAAUGUUAACCCCCAUUUUGUGCCGAAUAGCCUACUCAUUGUCCUCAUCAGGAUUACCUGCGCUGCAUUACCUUUCCCACUACAGAAACUUCCACCUCAUCACAUGUUACACUGUCCGUUUUUGUAAUCACCUGAAAUAAAAUUAAU